CCGACUUUGAAAGCGGUUUGGAGACAGCCGGUGGAUUGGUCGCUCAGGGGCUUUAUGGGAAAUGGGACUUGAGUAACGAGGAACCGCCGGCGCCCACUCUAGCAUGAGAGCUGGCCUCCAGUGGUAUCAUGGCGACCCGGAACCCCCCUCCCCAAGAACAUGAAAGUGACGAUGAAUGUUAUGAAGCAUUGGAUUCAACUGAGCAUGCAAGAAGACAUCACUGGUGGAAUCGAAUGUUGGGUCGCAGUUCCAGGCCUGCCGUAGAAAAACACUCUGUCGCCUCCCAGAUUGUAAUAGGUGGAGUGACUGGCUGGUGUACGGGAUUUUUGUUCCAGAAAGUUGGAAAACUUGCAGCAACUGCUGUAGCUGGUGGCUUUCUUCUCCUUCAGAUUGCCAAUUAUAGUGGCUAUGUUCAGGUUGACUGGAAAAGAGUUGAAAAAGAUGUAAAAGCAAAGCAACAGGUUAAAAAACGAGCAAAUAAAGCAGCACCUAAAAUCAACAGUAGAAUUGAAAAAGCAACAGAAUUUAUCAAACAGAACACCGUGAUCACCAGUGGAUUUGUGGGAGGCUUUUUGCUAGGCCUUGCAUCUUAAGGAUAUGAAUGUGCUUAAGACGAAGUGAAGUGGAGUGAGGUGAACUUAAGUGAAGUCACCAUGAGAAGAGAAAUGAUGGUGACAAAGGAUCUCAACAUCGUGUGCCGCCACUUUCUGCAGGGAGACGAGAAACAACUAGCUGGACGGUAUCAAGCUCACAACUUAGCAUUUUCCCAUUAGAAGCUUGGCAAACUAUAGUAUCUGCUAUAAAACAAUCUGUAUGGUUUGUGUACAGUAGUAUUCCUGGGCAAAACAUGGCUUUCAUUAGUUUUUUAAAAUAUGCAUUUGUUUAGAAAUUAGCCAACAGAAUAUCAUCAUUGAAUAAGUAUGGAGAGAA